UUAUUCUGCGACUCGGUAUAUAUACUUCAACGCAGCCUAGGGUUUUUCUCACUCAGAGCAGAGGCUAGCGCACUCAGGUUUCAUUUCUGAGCUUAUCAUACCAAGAUGGCUAGGGGGUUGAAGAAGCACUUGAAGAGGCUCAAUGCUCCUAAACAUUGGAUGCUUGAUAAGCUUGGCGGUGCCUUUGCACCGAAGCCAUCAUCUGGACCCCACAAGUCAAGGGAAUGUUUGCCUCUUAUCCUUAUACUGCGAAACAGAUUGAAAUAUGCUCUCACAUAUAGAGAAGUCAUUUCUAUCUUGAUGCAGCGCCAUGUUCUUGUUGAUGGCAAGGUUAGGACAGACAAGACAUACCCAGCUGGUUUCAUGGAUGUUGUAUCUAUUCCAAAGACCAAUGAAAACUUCCGGCUUCUCUAUGACACAAAGGGCCGUUUCCGUCUCCAGUCCUUGAGGGAUGAAGAGGCAAAGUUUAAGCUUUGCAAGGUUCGAUCUGUUCAGUUUGGAACGAAGGGCAUCCCAUAUCUGAACACCUAUGAUGGGCGCACUAUCCGGUAUCCGGAUCCAUUGAUCAAGGCAAAUGACACCAUUAAGCUGGAUCUGGAAACCAACAAGAUCACCGACUUCAUCAAAUUUGAUGUUGGGAAUGUUGUAAUGGUGACUGGAGGCAGGAACAGAGGUCGUGUUGGUGUCAUCAAGAACAGAGAAAAGCACAAGGGAAGCUUUGAAACAAUCCACGUCCAGGAUGCUACCGGGCAUGAGUUUGCUACCCGCAUGGGUAAUGUCUUCAUUAUCGGUAAAGGGACAAAGCCUUGGGUCUCUCUUCCUAAAGGCCGUGGUAUUAAGUUGUCUAUCAUUGAGGAGGCUAGAAAGAGGCUCGCUGCUCAACAUGAGGCAGCUGCCUAAGUUUGAUUCGCUUCGUAUUUGAAUACUUCUAGGUUGUUCGUCAGAGCUGGCCCUGCGGCUUAGUUUGAUAAUAGUCCUUUAUUUCAUUUUGUUCAAUUUAAUAGUGAAAUUUUGAGCACUUCAUCAUGUUAUUUUAAUUUUAAUUUCUCUUAUUUUCGCCGAAGAUAAAUUUAUGGAUAAUGUUGACUUGUUCCAGAUGGAAA